GCCUGAAAUGCAGGAAACCUAGGUUCUAUUCCUGGGUUGGGAAGAUAACCUGGAGAAGGAAAUGACAACCCACUCCAGUACUGUUGUCUGGAGAACCCCAUGGACAGAGGUGCCUGGCAGGCUACAGUCCAAGGGGUCGCAAGAGUCAGACACGACUUAGUGACUAAACCACCAGCACAAGGAAAUUACUAUUUGAAUAAAUUCUCAGUGAUACUCACUUCUGAUUAAGUUUGUUUAGGGGCCAGACUGAAAGUAAAUGGUGGACUGCCUUUCUGUCAAUAACUGUUAACUACAGCAAAAUCUUUACUGAGAGUUAAGAAAAGUACAUUUUAGGAUUAAAAGCAAUUUUUCUUUUAAAAAGUUAAAUUUUACAAUGUGGGAAAACAUUGCUUUAAAAUAUUUAUAUUGAACAGGUAUCUUUUAUGCAUAAGGCAAGGUUCUGCUGACCUUAAAGAGGUGCUAACUUGGGAAAGACUAGAGAUUUCUUCAAGAAAAUUGGAGAUAUCAAGAGAACAUCUCAUGCAAGGAUGGACAUGAUUAAGGACAGAUAUGGUGAGGACCUAAGGGAAGCGGAAGAGAUUAAGAAGAGGGGGUUAGAAUGCACAGAACUAUACAAAAAAGGUCUUAAUAACCCAGAUAAUCACAGUGGUAUGGUCACUCACCUGGAGCUGGACAUCCUGGAGUGUGAAGUCAAGUGGACCUUAGGAAGCAUCACUGUGAAUAAAGCUAGUGGAGGUGACAGAAUUCCAGCUGAGCUAUUUCACAUCCUAAAAGAUGAUGCUGUUAAAGUGCUACACUCAAUGUGUCAGCAAAUUUGGAAAAUUCAGCAGUGGCCACAGGACUGGAAAAGGUCACUUUCCAUUCUAAUCACUAAGAAGGUCAGUGCUAAAGAAUGUUCAUAUUACCAUACAACUGUGCUCAUUUUGUAUGCUAGCAAGGUUAUGCUCAAAAUCCUUCUAGGUAGGCUUCAGCAGUACAUGAACUGAAAACUUCCAGAGGUACUAGCUGUGUUCAGAAAAAUCGGAGGAACAAGAGAUCAAAUUGACAACUUUGGUUGGAUCAUGGAAAAAGCAAGGAAGUUCCAGUAAAACAUCUACUUCUGCUUCAUUGACUAUGUUAAAGCUUUUGAAUUGUGGAUCACAACAAACUGGAAAAUUCUAAGAGACAGGAGUCCUGGACCACUUACCAGACCAGGAGAGUGGAUGGCUCACUGGAAUGCUGUCUUUGACCUGGCCUGGGUCCCUGGUGAAUUUAAGCUUGUUACAGCAGCAGGUGAUCAGACAGCCAAAUUUUGGGAUGUAAAUGCUGGCGAGCUGAUUGGAACUUGCAAAGGUCAUCAGUGUAGCCUCAAGUCAGUUGCCUUUUCUAAGUUUGAGAAAGCUGUCUUCUGUACAGGCGGUAGAGAUGGCAACAUUAUGGUCUGGGAUACCAGGUGCAACAAAAAAGAUGGAUUUUACAGGCAAGUGAACCAAAUCAGUGGAGCUCAUAAUACCUUAGACAAGCAAACCCCUUCAAAACCUAAGAAGAAACAGAAUUCCAAAGGGCUUGCUCCUUCUGUGGAUUUCCAGCAGAGUGUUACUGUGGUCCUCUUUCAAGAUGAGAACACAUUAGUCUCAGCAGGAGCCGUGGAUGGCAUAAUCAAAAUAUGGGAUUUACGUAAGAAUUAUACUGCUUAUCGACAGGAACCCAUAGCAUCCAAGUCUUUCCUGUACCCAGGUAGCAGCACUCGAAAACUAGGAUACUCAAGUCUGAUUUUGGAUUCUACUGGCUCCACUUUAUUUGCUAACUGCACAGAUGACAACAUCUACAUGUUCAAUAUGACUGGAUUAAAGACUUCUCCAGUGGCUGUCUUCAAUGGACAUCAGAACUCUACCUUUUAUGUUAAAUCCAGUAUUAGUCCAGAUGACCAGUUUUUAGUCAGUGGCUCAAGUGAUGAAGCUGCCUACAUCUGGAAGGUCUCCAUGCCCUGGCAUCCUCCUACUGUGCUCCUGGGUCAUUCUCAAGAGGUCACAUCUGUAUGCUGGUGUCCAUCAGACUUCACAAAGAUUGCUACUUGCUCUGAUGACAAUACACUGAAAGUCUGGCGCUUGAAUAGAGAUUUAGAGGAGAAAUCAGGAGGAGAUAAACUCUCCAUAGUGGGAUGGGCCUCUCAGAAGAAGAGAGAGGUGAAAGCCGACCUUGUGACAGUGCCCAGCAGCCAGAACACUCCGGCCAAAGCACCCAGAGUAAAGAGCAGUCCAUGCACCUCCUCCCCGUCAUCAGCAGCCUGUGCUCCGAGCUGCGCCGGGGACCUGCCCCUCCCUUCAAAUACUCCCACCUUCUCUCUUAAGACCCCUCCUGCCAAGGCCCGGUCUCCCAUCAGCAGAAGAGGCUCCAUGUCCUCUGUCUCUCCCAAGCCACCCUCAUCUUUCAAGAUGUCCAUUAGAAACUGGAUGACCCGAACGGCUUCCUUAUCACCACCCAUCACUCCGCCUGCUUCCGAAACCAAGAUCGCGUCUCCCAGAAAAGCCCUCAUACCUGUGAGCCUGAAAUCAUCCCAGGCAGUGGCUUGCUCUGAGUCUAGAAAUAGAGUAAAAAGGAGGCUAGACUCCAGUUGUCUGGAGAAUGUGAAACAAAAGUGUGUAAAGAGUUGCAGCUGUGUGACUGAACUUGAUGAUCCCGUUGAAAAGCUUCAUUUGGAUCUGUGCUGCCUUGCUGGUACCCAGGAAGACCUUGGUAAGGACUCGCUAGGUCCUACCAAACCGAGCAAGAUCGAAGGAGCUAGUAUGAGUGUCUCUGAGCCUCCUUCUCCUGCCAGUCCUUAUGCUUCAGAAGGCUGUGGAACGCUACCUCUUCCUUUGGGAUCUUGUGGAGAAGGCUCUGAAGUGGUAGGCAAAGAGAAUAGCUCCCCAGAGAAUAAAAACUGGUUAUUGGCCAUGGCAGCCAAACGGAAGGCGGAGAAUUCAUCUCCACGAAGUCCAUCGUCCCAGACCCCCAAUCCCAGGAGACAGAGUGGAAAGACUUCUCCAGGCCCGGUCACCAUUACUCCCAGCUCCAUGCGGAAAAUCUGUACAUAUUUCCAUAGGAAGUCCCAAGAUGACUUCUGUAGUCCAGAACAGUCAACAGAAUUAUAGAUUCUCAUCUGAGUGAGUUAACUGAAGCUUGACUCAUUAAAACAGGAUAAAAAAUUCAAGAGUGACUCUGUAACUCUGGUUUUAAGAAAGCUACCAUUUUUUCAUUUUUAGUGAAAAUCGUUUCGACUCCGAAGUUUACCUAGUCUGGUUCUACUACCGUAGUGUAUGUGCAGCUUCCUCAGAGUGAACACUUUGUUUAAAUUUCAUAAAGUAAGUUUGCCACUCUGUAACAUUUUGAAUGAGUAGUCUUUUAAAUUAUGCAUCUUCUGUACAAUAAUGACAUCCCAGUUUGUAGAGGCAAAAAAAAAAAAAACAAGUCUUGUCUCUUCCUGCUCUGAGACCUUCUGUACACAGCUGAAAGCCUCUGCUGGCCGCAGCAGGAGGCCUGUCUGUGAAGGUCCACUGCUGAAGGGGACCCUGGGUCUCUGCUGCCUCUAACACAUUAAUACAGUUUCAUAUAAAAUAUAUAACCUUUUCACUACGUUUUUGUGGAUUUUUAAAGUAUGUGGUUAAAUAUGAUUUUUAGAUAAGUACAUUUAUAUUGAUUCCGUGUUAAAUACAAUCUCUUAAGUUAAAAUUGUCUUUAUUUUAAAAACAGCGAUAAAUGUCAGCUUGUUGGCGAAACUAGAACACUAGCAAUGUUUGUCUUUUCUCCCCCCAGAUAUAUAUCCCGUAUAUGAUCUGAGGUUCUCACAUUUUUACUAAGCAAUCUACUGCGUUUCCAACCCAACUUCACGUUAUGUUUUUUGACAUUUCCUGGAGGAAGAUGUUUAUAAAAUCAGUAGUCAUAUACUGAAGCUGGGGUUUGAAUUUAGUCUUCGGUUUUUUAGGGGCUGCUACUUUUUUUUUAAAAAAAGCUUAUCAAAUUUUAAGAAAAAGUAUUGGAUUUCUUAUUGAUAUUUUUUUUAAAGUGUAGAUAGUUCCUAUACUGAAAAUCCAGGACCUAAAAAUUAAAUCUUCGCUUUAACUUGAUCUUUUGGAUUCUCUUCAUAUACUAAAAAGCAGUGAUUGUCUAGUAGAGCCCUGAGCCAAAAAGUCGUGGAAUUUUCUCUAGAUAUUUAACAUAGAGAGUAUGUAGACGACUCUCAGUUAAUAAUGUGCAAAAUAUCUUGACUAUCUCUUACCUUAACAGUUAUGUAUCAGUAAGCUUGAAAUGAACCAUUGUUUUCUAUUUUAGCUCUUUGUAACCUCAUAGAAACAAACUCCAUGUAUUUUCUAUGUACUAUGUCCUUAAAGGGAGUCCCCUUCCACUCAUGAAACUUGAUUCAUUUUAUCCAUUUCUCUAACAACUGUGUAGACUUUAUUCAUAUUUUCUCAUUUUAAAAUGUAUUCUUAAUUAUAACUCUAUAAUUCCUUUGAUUCUUGUAAAUUAAGCUAUAACUGCGAAAACUACAUAGGUCAAUUAAGCAUGGGUUCUCUUGGUUUUAUCCAAGGAGAAAGGUAAAUAAAAGGCCACAGAAAUGCUGUUUCUGAAACAAAGUAUGGCAUGGCAUUAACUGGAUAUUUAAGAACUCUAGUUAUAUUUGAUGUUUGGUUUUUGAGUGUUCGACUAUGGGAAGGUGUUAUUUAUGACCAAUACCUGCCAAUAAUGCUGUCUAUCUCUCUUGAUUUGAAAGCCUGUAACCCAUGAAGAAGAGAACUAAAGUAGAUGAUUUUCUUCUUUGUGUCUCUGCUCAUCUCCUGACAGCUCUACUGAGUGAAAUGGGGAUAAAUAUGGCUGUCAGAAACUGCUGAGAGUCUAGUGGGUGUAACAUUCCCACUUGGAAAACUAGUACUUCAAAUAGGUGCUGAUGGUCAAUGAGCUAAGGUAAUGAGCUAAUAAUUAUCCCUACUUGUGUCCCUGUCAGACUUUGAGUUGCUUCUGAAUAAAAAGCGUUUUACCUGA